UCUCCUAAACGCCAUCUCGUUGCACUGCUGGCCAGGCACAUUGGCAUGGGUGACCACGGCUGUCUCCAGCCACCGUGAAUCAUUCUCACAACUUUGUCCAGUCCAUGCCAGUGUUGGCAAGACGCCAACGCUGGAGGGAGUGGCAAGCGAAAGGGGAGGGUUACGAAGCACUCGCAGGUCUGAAUGCGGGAGGAGGAAAAGCUAUUUUACUACUUGACUCAGUCAGUGUUCAUCAAGCGAACAUUCCCACAGUUCAAGGAUCGGUUCCUUGACUUACCUCUCCACACAGCGAGACUGUUCUCCUCAAUGAAGAGACAGAGGGAAGAAAGUGAAUGGGACAGCCCUGUUUCCUCCCCCGAGGCUCCUCUCGCGAUGCUCCGCCGUGUGUCCCUGCUGGUGGUGCUGCUGGCCUUCACUGGCAGGGCCGCGGCCUCCGAUGUCAUCAAAAUAGGAGGACUGUUCAAUUCCCAGAAUGAAUAUGAGGUGAUCUUCAAGUACGCCGUGGACACCGUCAACCGUGACCGCUCGCUGUUGCCCCAUACGCUCCUCGCAACCCAUGAGGAAUUUGUUCAACCCGACGACUCCUUCAACAGCUCCAGGAAAGCGUGCUUGCUCCUGCAGUAUGGUGUGGCGGCAAUCUUCGGGCCUCAGUCUGGCCAGAGCGCGGCCCACGUGCAGUCUAUCUGUGACGCCUUUGAGGUGCCCCAUCUAGAGUAUAGGUGGGACUUCGGGCUGACCACCCACGCCUACUCUGUCAACCUUUACCCGUCCCCGUCCACUCUGUCCAAGGCAUACAUAGAUGUGCUGGAAACUCUUCAAUGGCGCAAGUUUUUCGUCAUUUACGAAAACAACGAGAGCCUGGCGAGGGUGCAGGAGGUGGUGAAGAGCGAGAUGUGGGACGUCAUCCUGAGGCAGCUGCCGGUACAGGACUACCGACCCUUUUUGAAUGGCAUCAGGGCUGCUGGUGUUACCCGCGUGGUGCUGGACGUGGGGCGAGACAAGAUCCAUCCCUUCCUCCAGCAAGCCCAGGACCUCGGCAUGACGGCCUCCGGCUACCACUACUUCAUCACCUCCCUGGACUUGCACACUGUGGAGCUGAUGGACUUCCGCCAAGGCGCCACCUUCACUGGCCUGAGCCUCAUGGACCCGUCCAGUCCCCUCAUGCAGCGAAUCACCCACGACUUGGAAUCCGAUAGUCUGCGUCCUGACCAUGUCAGCCUCACUCCACUAAAGACCGAGGCGGCGCUCAUAUACGACGCGGUUCACUUCUUUGCCAAGGCUGUGGAUGACCUCAGCCGCUCCAUCAGGCUCUAUGAGGUUUCUCUAGACUGCGCUGGAGAUAGCACCUGGGAGCACGGGACGGCUCUUCUUAAUUAUAUAAACCUGGCGGAAGUUAGUGGCCUGACUGGACUGAUCAAGCUGGACGAGGACGGCUCCAGGCGGGACGUGACUCUCCACAUUAUAGAGUUCACUAGGGAGGGACUGAACCAUGUUGGAAAGUGGGAUCCAGCCAACGGUGCCAGCUACACUGGAACACACACGGAGGAGAAGCAGCAGGACAAGACCCUCGUCAUUACCAGCGUCUUGUCUCCGCCCUACGUAAUGCUCCGUAAGGGGUCGGAGCAGCUGACUGGCAACGAACGCUACGAGGGGUUCUGCGUUGACCUGAUCCACAAGGUUUCUGAGAUCAUCGGCUUCAACUACACCAUCAAGGCAGCGGACGAUGGUCUCUACGGCAACCUUGACGAGACGACUGGGAAGUGGAGGGGCAUGAUUGGAGAGCUGGUGAAUCAGAAAGCUGACCUGGCUAUCGGUGACCUGACCGUCACCUACGAAAGGGAGAAGGUGGUGGACUUCACCAUGCCCUGGAUGAACCUUGGUAUCUCUAUACUGUACCAGAAGGCCAUCAGGAAGCCGCCCAGCCUCUUCGCCUUCCUGUCACCCUUCUCUGCGGACGUGUGGCUCAUCGUCAUCACGGCUUACCUCGGCAUCUCCCUCCUGCUCUUCGUGAUGGCCAGGUGUCACGUGUGGGCGGCGGCACGCAGGCAGAGCAGGAGAGGCUCCCCGUCCAGGCUGACAGAGGGGGGAGAGAGUGACGCAUCCAAGUCCGGGGCUGAGAUGCAUGAGAGAUCUGUAUCAACGCACAUCCUGAACGGCUUGUGGUGGUUCUUCACGCUCGUCAUGGUCUCUCUCUACGCUUCUAAUGUCGGCGGCGCCCUCACCGUGCAGCGCGUGGAGUUGCCCAUUGAGUCAGUGCAAGACCUCGCCUUACAGACGAAGAUCAAGUACGGCACCAUCUACGGCGGCUCCACCUGGCAGUUCUUCAAAUCCUCCAAGAUUCCCACGUACCAGCGAAUGUUUGCCUUCAUGGAGUCGCAGAGGCCGACGGUGUACACCAAUUCGUAUGAGGAAGGCGUGAGGAGAGUGCAGGCGAGCGGUGGCCAGUACGCCUACAUGUUGGAGACGUCGACCAUUGAGUAUAUCACCGACCGUCACUGUGAUCUGAGGCAGGUGGGCGGCCUGAUCGACUCCAAGAGUUACGGCUUCGCCCUCUCGCCAGGGUCAUCCCACACGAAGGCCAUCUCCCAGGCCAUCCUGAACCUGAGGGAGGAAGGCGUCCUAGAGGCACUGAAGAGUCGGUGGUGGAAGCAGAAGAGGGGAGGAGGAAAGUGUGCCCAUUCAACUGAGGACUCCGAGGGAUCUGACAAGGCCAUCGAGCUCGGCCUUGAAAACGUAGGCGGCGUGUUUGUGGUGCUGGUGGUCGGCAUGAGUCUCGCCUUGAUGGUCGCCGUGUGUGAGUUCGCCUGGAAAUCAAGAGCACAGGGAGCGAAGUAGGUGAGUGUCGAGUCGAGUGGAGAGCGAGGGACAGAUGUGUAGAAGGUUCAUCCAGUGUCGUGUCCCUCUUCCCUGUGUUUUCAAAGGUGUAUAUGAUGUGGUGCUGGGUUCUUGCUGAAGUUACACGGGUUUUUAAGGUGUUUUUACGGUUGUAGCGACAGGCUAACAAGAUUUCUACAGUACUAAGAGGAGAAACACUGUUGAUAACCCACCCAAUCAUCGUGGUGAGAGAAAAGCUUUUCAGAAUAUGGCCCUCACUGUCAGUCAUGCAGGUUGUUGUUCCCAGUGUGUUCAAAGCUUUAUCUAGUGUAUGUAGAAAUUAGCAUUAUGUAGUGGACUUUUUUCUUCAUACCUGCGGCUCAUCAGUGGGUUGUCCCUUGCUAAACCUCAGCGUCUUUAUAGUUCCUGUAAUUCCCAGAAACUGUAAAAUGAUGCUAAAAUGUAAAGAUCAAUAUUUUUUGUAUAUUUGUAUUAGCCAUGAGAUACAAUAUUGUCAUGACCGUUGAUUUUCUUAUAAGAGCUAAACACAAUGGUGAUGAAUAAACAAUCUCAA